AUGGCUGACAAGGGUCUUGAGGAUCUCGCCGAGGGGCAGAUCGAGUCUAACUACGAUGAGGUCACCGACUCCUUCGACUCCAUGGACUUGAAGCCCGAGCUGCUUCGCGGUGUCUACGCUUACGGUUUCGAGCGCCCUUCCGCUAUCCAGCAGCGUGCCAUCAUGCCCAUCAUCAAGGGCAACGAUGUUAUCGCCCAGGCUCAAUCCGGUACCGGUAAGACCGCUACCUUCUCCAUCUCCGCCCUGCAGAAGAUCGACCCCGAGGUCAAGGCCUGCCAGGCCCUGAUCCUUGCUCCCACCCGUGAGUUGGCUCAGCAGAUCCAGAAGGUCGUUGUUGCCAUCGGUGACUUCAUGUCCCUUGACUGCCACGCCUGUAUCGGUGGUACCAACGUCCGUGAGGACAUGAACGCUCUCCGUGCCGGCCCCCAGGUCGUUGUCGGUACCCCCGGCCGUGUCCACGACAUGAUCCAGCGCCGUGUUCUGUCCACCACCUCCAUGAAGCUCUUCAUCCUCGACGAGGCCGAUGAGAUGCUGUCGCGUGGUUUCACCGAGCAGAUCUACGACAUCUUCCAGCUGCUCCCCCAGUCUACCCAGGUUACCCUGCUCUCCGCUACCAUGCCCCAGGAUGUCCUUGAGGUCACCACCAAGUUCAUGCGCGACCCCGUCCGUAUCCUUGUCAAGAAGCAGGAACUUACCCUUGAGGGUAUCAAGCAGUUCUACAUUGCUGUUGAGAAGGAGGAGUGGAAGCUCGACACCCUCUCCGAUCUCUACGAGACCGUCACCAUUACCCAAGCUGUCAUCUUCUGCAACACCCGCCGAAAGGUCGACUGGCUCACCGACAAGCUCACUGCCCGUGAUUUCACCGUCUCCGCCAUGCACGGUGACAUGGAGCAGGGCCAGCGUGAUGUUAUCAUGAAGGAGUUCCGUUCCGGUUCUUCCCGUGUCCUGAUCGCCACUGACCUUCUGGCCCGUGGUAUCGAUGUGCAGCAGGUUUCCCUGGUCAUCAACUACGAUCUGCCCGCCAACCGCGAGAACUACAUUCACCGUAUCGGUCGUGGUGGUCGUUUCGGUCGUAAGGGUGUUGCCAUUAACUUCGUCACCGCCGAUGAUGUUCGCAUGCUCCGCGAGAUCGAGCAGUUCUACUCCACCCAGGUUGAGGAGAUGCCCAUGAACGUGGCUGACCUCAUCUAA